UGUUGGGCAGGCAGAGGCAUUCAGAAGAGAACACAGGGAAGCUGCUUUUGGGGAUUGUUGAUUCGGUGGAGUCUGAAAGGCUCCCAAAUCCUAGGAACUUGGAGCGGACCCAGAACUCUAAAAGAAGCCCCAGGAGGCGAGGCGAGGCAAGUUCAGUCUGGUGCACUGCAGUUCACAAUUAUCUACACUGGGAACCAUGCCAAUCUCAUGCUUUCCGCUGCCUUUCAUCAACACUUCCAUGAUGAACACAGGGAAGCCGGAUCCAAGCAAGGUCGCCUUGUCUACCACUAUCGAUUAUGUUACAAAGAGGAAUGGGGCUCGGAACAUGAGAACGGUCCAAAUCCAUAGCUUGCCUAUUUGUUUUCCUCAGAAUUUCCCUUCAGCACUGAGAUUUACACAGAAUGAUAUUAAUGAAAAAAGGCACACCCUUGCUUCAGCUUCAAAAAACCAAGAGGAGAUGAAUAACAAAAUGAAAGAACACAUUUUGCCCAAACUUCAACCCCGACUUUCAAUGACAAUGCCUAUAAAGAAUGAGCAGAACGCCAAGAAGACUAGAAUGAAAGCCCAGUCAUCCAAGGCCUGGUUGGAUGAUUUUCGACAAAAUAUAAAGACCGUUAAAAGUCUCAUGAAUCCAGAGAGCAGCUCCAAGGUGGUGGAGAGUGACAAUGAAGCUGCAGAUUCCAGAAAAGGGGUUAGACAUGAAGAGUUUCAUAUAUUCUCACCUUUUGCUGGAGCAAGUUGUGAAAGGGCAGAAAAAAUCAAGCUGAUGGUCACUGGAAACAGUUAUCCUAAAGCCUUGGUUAAUAUAAUGAACAUGGAGAUGAAACUUACUGCAGAUAAUGACCAAAGACAUACUUUUGCAAGAAACUACUUCUGAAUUUAUUUUUUAAUAGGCCAUUUAAUGUUUUCUUUCUAUUGGAAUUUAGAAAAUACUUUUAGCCAUGUUAUUUUCAAAAUUAUGUUGCUAGAAAUCUUUAUGGGAAGAAGUAUAGGUUAGAUGAGAUACCAGCCUAAAUAAUCAACAUCCUCAUGAGCACUGGGUAUUUUUGCAUUCUUAAUUUCUUAUGUAUGUGACCUUUGACUAUUUGUAACAUGCUGUAAUCAUUAUUCAUUAUUCACAUUGCCAGGGUUACAAUCAAAUAUUGUACAUGCUAUGGAGGCAGAUUAAAGCCAGAAUAAUUUUCAUAAAAACAUAUUUUUAGAAUGUUUGCCAGACAACAGAUGUAUGUUAACUACUAAAUAAAGUUAAAUAAUAACAAUUGAUUUUUUUUUCUCUGACACAAUAGUGGAAAGACUUGAUUAGCUGUCUCAAAAGCUGGAAGGAAUCUUAAAGACCAUUGUUUCUGAGGGUGGUUGGGUAGAUUAACUGAGAUGAUGCUUUUCUGUAAAAUGAGAGAAUUGCAUUCUAUGGUCUCGAAAAUCCUUUAUAACUUGAAUUCUGUGGCCCUAUCAUGCUACGUAUUUAAAGCACUUUACAGGCUUCAUAAGGCAUGACAUAUAUGUCAAUUAUUAUCAUUAUCAGGUCUAGAUGUUCAAUUUUACAGAUGAGUAAACUGAGACCCAGAAAGGGGACACAUCUUGCUCAAAGUCAUACAGUUAACAACUGGAAGAGCCAGCCCUAGAACCCAAGUUUAUUGUUGUCUUUUAACUCCAAAUCCUAGGGUCUUCCAUUACUCCUGGCUCUUCCCAUUAGGACAAAGGGGCAUUUGGAGAAACCCAAAGCUCCUUGAUUUAAUGGAAAGAGUGUUUGGCCAGGAGACCUUGACUCUAGACAGAAAAGAGGCAACUUGUUAAGGAGAAAAAACUCUGGAAUGAGGAUCCAGAGAUUUGAAUUUCAAUCCCAACUUUGUCUACUCACUAUGUGACCUUGGACAAGUCUUUUUACUCCCUGGGUCAAUUCCUUUAACUGUAAAAUGAGAGUUUUGAACCAUACAUAAUUAAGGGUCACUUUGGCUUAAGAAAAAGUCUGUGAAGCUAAGCAAAAUCAAGGAAAAGAACUUGCAAAAUGAGUAUGUCAUUUAUGUGAGAGGUGAUGUGUUUGCAAAAGAAAACCAACAUU